AUGUCCUACGGAUAUGAUGCCGAUGUUUCGCCGCAAUUUGGAACGAACUUGAUGCGGAUCAAGAGUUUGGCGGCAACGUUUUUGAGCAACCUGGUUAAUAUGAGGCAGGAGGAGGACACGGUUGUUACUGAACUUGAUAAUGCUCAUCGUAUCUACCGGGCGACGAAAGGUCUCAUUUUCUUUGGGACUCCUCAUGCAGGCAGUGCAGUCGCAAAGAUUCGUCGAGUUCAAAUUCUCAAGCAGAUUGCCAAAGUGGCCUUCACAGAAGUUCCCCCCAAGCUUGAUUCUGCCUUGGAAAUGCACUCGGACGAGCUACUGGAUUUAGCGGAUGACUUCCGCAUGAUGAGCUUGUAUACAUUGAGACAGAUCGCGAUAUACUCGUAUGCCGAGAGUCGGACGACCCCGAAGCUCAACGCAUUAGUAAUAGAUGAGUUUUCUGCCUUCAUAGGCUAUGAUAAGGAGGUUAAAGGGUACAUCCAAGCGGACCACGAGGCAAUUGUGAAGUUUGACGGCGAAACGAAUGCCGAUUAUAGAAAUGUGUGGGGGAAGAUCAACAAGCUCAAGAGAUUGGCUGCUAGUGCUGCUGCUGGUGCGUGA